AUGGUUAAGGACGCUCGUUGCUCAAGGAAAAGCAAAGAACAGACUUACGAUUGCGCCAUUGAAAAGAACAUGAUGGACUACGCCAAAGAAUGCUAGUUCGCACAUAAUUCCUAUAAGGACAGGAACUACUGGAGACAAAACUUGUGGAUCGAAUUAGAACACCAUGGUGUACCUGAAGAAAACAAGUUUACAAUGGAGGUUUUCAACAACGGCGUCGGACACUAUACUCAGGUGGUCUGGCAGUCGAGCAAGAAGAUCGGCUGUGCGGUGAGGUGGUGUGAACAUAUGACUCUUGUAGGGUGCGAAUACGCCCCAGCAGGAAAUUAUCUUGGUUCUCUUAUUUACGAUGUUGGUAAACCAUGCACAAGCAACGAGGACUGCAAAUGCGCCAACUGUGUUUGCAGUGUAGAAGAAGCACUUUGUAUUGCACCAUAA